ACUAAUUUGCCCUUAGGGGGAGAGGGAAGUCGCAGUUAAAGUGCGCCGGCCGACGUCAUUUCCGGUCAACUUUAACCUCGGCGGGCCGCUUCGCGCAUUGCUUCCGGUGGAGACAAAGGUGGCGAGUUGGUGGAACCAUGCCUAAGUUUUAUUGCGACUACUGUGAUACCUACCUCACCCAUGACUCGCCUUCAGUUCGGAAGACUCAUUGCAGUGGAAGGAAACACAAGGAAAAUGUAAAGGACUACUAUCAGAAGUGGAUGGAAGAGCAGGCGCAGAGUCUCAUUGAUAAAACCACUGCUGCAUUUCAGCAAGGGAAGAUACCACCCACACCUUUUGCUGCACCACCAGCUGGAAGUGCCAUGAUUCCACCUCCACCUAGUCUAGGUGGACCCCCACGUCCGGGUAUGAUGCCUGCACCACCAAUGGCUGGGCCUCCAAUGAUGCAAAUGAUGGGACCUCCUCCACCUGGGAUGAUGCAAGUAGGCCAUGAUCCUCCUCUUCUUCCACUGACUCCAGAACAUGUCCGGAUAAGGCAGAGCCUUUGGAAUCAGGCUGCACAGGCUCAGUUUGGUCCUGGUAUGAGACCACCAAUGGGAGCACACAUGCAAAUGAUGCAAGGUCCACCAAUGAUGCGUCCACCAUCCCGUCCCAUGAUGCUUCAAGCUCGACCGGGCAUGGCACGCCCUGACCGAUAAAGAUCUUUACAUUCCUGUAAAUGCUAUUCAAAUAGUGUAUGUUAAUAAGGGGUCACGGAGCCUAUUGGCCAAAAUACAACUUACCAGAUGCUAUUUUUGUUUUGUAACUGCUCUCAAAAUUUUAAAACAUUGUCAAGAAUAUUGUGGAUCAUUUUUCUGAAACUGAACUGUUAUGGGUCACACCAUACAAAAGUGAUAUUUUAGGUAUUGGUGGAAUUUGGUAGGUAUCUCUUGAGAACUACAACACCAGGAUUCCCCUGCCAUGGUCUGAUUCUUUUCAUUUUCACCUUCGAGUCCCAUUCCUCCUCCUAUAGCAGGGGGUGGGGUGUUCCCUUUUCUCUUUUUUUUUUUUUAUUCAGUGUCAAAUUAAAAAGUAAAGAUGGGGAGGGAACCUGCUGCUUCCAUGGCAAACAUGCAACCCUAUGGACUCAUUACAGUCCUUUUUCCAGAAUUUUGUUUUUAUUUUUUUUAGUUUAAGAGGGGGAUUGACCCUUUACAUAACAGCACUGCCAGCAUUCAUGUUGGCUGCACAUGUUGACCUUUUUUUAUAUUCCAAAGGUUUACAGGUUUUAGUUCCUUAUUUAAGGCAUUUGACUCGUUUCCCUGACAGGCAAACAUUUUUACUAUUUUGACAAAAUCUCAGUAGUAUGAAAACUUUUUCCAAAGUAAAUCUGGAUGGAAGUUGCACAGCUUUCCACACAAGACAGUUGGACUUUGUGUUUAAACAAACUUGUUUUAUGUACGUUUUUGUAUUCUUUCCUAGAAAGCAACAGUUUUGUAAGAACUGCUCUUUUUUUUUAAAUUAAAAGAUUGUGUUUGACCUGU